AUGCAGAUGACUGAGGAUGGGCUCAUCUACUCCUUCACCCUUGUCUAUGCACCAGAGGCUCUCAGUGGCACUCCAGUUGUUAGGACGGGCGAUGCUGUGGUUGGUAUCGAGUGUCACUAUGCAAGGAGAGCUGAUGUGAGCAGUGAUGCCCUGAGACCCACUUGGAUCCCUUAUGCUGCCACCAAGAUCGCAGAGGAACUCCUUGUUUUCUCCCUUCAGCUCAUGACUGAUGACUGGCAGUUUGAGAGACCUUCCAAUCAGUACUUCCUGGGUGACCUCAUCCAUAUUGAAGCUGUUGUGAUGCAGUACAUGCACGUGCCCCUGCGUGUGUUUGUGGACAGCUGCGUGGCUACCACGGCCCCGGACGUGAACUCUGUUCCCAGUUAUACCUUCAUUGACAACCACGGGUGCAUGGUCGACGCCAAGAUUACGGGCUCGGAUUCACGCUUCCUGAACAGGAUCCAGGACGAUAAGCUCCAGUUUCAGUUGGAGGCCUUCAGGUUCCAGCAGGACAGCGGCCUGAUCUACAUCACGUGCUUCUUGAAGGCCACGGCGGCUUCAUCUCCUACCGACGCGGAGCACAAGGCUUGUUCCUUCUCUCCCAAUGGAUGGACCGCCGCGGAUAGAGAUGACCAGGUGUGUGGCUGCUGCGAUUCUGGCUGUGCUCUUGAAUGGGAGGGUGAGGCUUCCCUCAGUCUCGUUGUCAAGGAGAAUCCAUUGGCUGGUUGA